CUAUAUCUUCUUGCUAGCUCUCUCUCUCUCUCUCUCUCUCUCGAUCUCCCCCGCAGAGGAAGCCUCCCAAGAGCUAAGAAGAACACAGAUCAAUCAUUGAAAGAGCGAAGAAAAAAAGCGUGGAAGAACUAGAUUCCUUCUCUAACAUCAAAAACAAGAAGGUGGUUUAAGGAAAACGUGCUUAAAAAUUUUCUCUAUGUUUUGGAGAAGUGGAGGGAACAAUAGGGCAAAUCCAGUUUUGGGAUGGGCAUGAGAGCAAAACCAAAGAAAUGACAUGGUGCAAUGACUCAGACGACGAGAGGGGCCUUCACAUAAUCACUCCCACUCCUAAAGAAAAUAGUGAUCUGAUCGCUGCGAGAACCGAUGAAAUUCGGACCAUAACAUGCCCAUCAUGUGGCCAUAACAUAGAAUUCCAAGAUCAGGCGGGAAUUCAUGACUUGCCGGGGCUACCAGCCGGAGUGAAGUUUGAUCCAACGGACAACGAAAUUCUUGAACAUUUAGAGGCAAAGGUAGUGUCUGACGAGCGUAAGCUUCAUCCUCUUAUUGAUGAAUUCAUCCCGACGCUUGAAGGAGAGAAUGGGAUUUGCUAUACUCACCCUGAAAAGCUGCCAGGAGUUAGCAAAGACGGCCAAAUCCGCCACUUCUUUCACCGGCCUUCAAAGGCAUACACGACAGGAACCAGGAAACGAAGGAAGGUCCACACCGAUGAAGAUGGGAGCGAGACCAGAUGGCACAAAACAGGCAAGACUAGGCCUGUCUUUGCCGGCGGGGCAGUGAAGGGGUUCAAAAAGAUCUUGGUUCUCUACACCAACUAUGGCAGGCAAAGAAAACCCGAGAAAACGAAUUGGGUGAUGCACCAAUACCAUCUUGGCGACAAUGAAGAAGAGAAAGAUGGAGAAUUAGUGGUUUCAAAGGUUUUCUUCCAAACACAGCCUAGACAAUGCGGUUCGAGUAUUAAGGAUUCGUUUGACAAACAAUUGAUGGAGAACCAAAGCACGCAUGAUCAUAAUAAUAUUGCUAUGCCUAAGAACGCAGCUCUUGUGGAGUAUUACAAUCCUUCUUUCAUCAACAACUAUGACCAGGGGGGGCAUAAUAGGGAAAUCUCACCACAGCUAAUUCCUAAUUUGGUUGUUCAGGGUGAUGGGUCGUCUUUCAUUCGGUUAGCUUCAGAUGCAAGCAAAGGAAAGUUCGAGAGAAAACAGUGAUGGGGGAGCUGAUCUGGUGGUUGCAUUGUUAUCGUUGCUGUGUAAUAGUCAAAAUAAGUUAUAUUGGAUUGAGAUUUUAAUGAGGACAAGAGGGAAAAGGGAAUAUAUAAGAUGAUAAUACGGCUUAACUUUCCAAAUUGGGUUUGGAAAAAUUAGCCAUAAUUUAA